UAUAAUGACCAUACUACACGGCCUUAUCCUUCACACAUAUUCUGUAUUUUUGUGAACAAAAUUGUUAUUUGAACACAACAUAUAUCCCAUAAUUGAUACUCCACAUACAAAAAAAGAAAAGAAAUGGAUUCACUACUUCAUAUCCAAAAGCCUCAUGUUGUAUGUGUACCAUUUCCAGCACAAGGCCAUGUAAACCCCUUUAUGCAACUAGCCAAACUCCUUCAUUGUGUGGGUUUCCACAUAACCUUUGUGAACACUGAGUUCAACCACAACCGUUUUGUCAAGUCCCAUGGACCAGACUUUGUUAAGGGUCUCCCUGAUUUCAAAUUUGAGACCAUACCCGAUGGCUUGCCGCCUUCGGAUAAGGAUGCAACUCAGGAUGUUCCAGCACUGUGCGAUUCUACUAGGAAAACUUGUUAUGGUCCAUUGAAAGAGUUGGUGAUGAAGUUGAACUCUUCUUCCCCUGAAAUGCCUCCGGUUAGUUGCAUCAUUGCUGAUGGGGUUAUGGGAUUUGCUGGAAGAGUCGCAAGGGAUUUGGGUAUACAAGAGGUUCAACUUUGGACAGCCUCAGCGUGUGGUUUUGUGGGAUAUUUGCAAUUCGAGGAACUGGUGAAAAGAGGCAUUCUUCCAUUCAAAGAUGAAAAUUUUGCUAUUGAUGGCACCUUGGAUAAGAGUUUAAAUUGGAUUUCUGAAAUGAAGGAUAUUAGACUCAAAGACCUUCCAAGUUUUAUCAGAACGACCACUUUGGAUGAUACUAUGUUUGAUUUCUUGGGUUCUGAGGCACGAAACACUUUGAGAUCAUCUUCAAUCAUCAUUAACACAUUCCAAGACUUAGAUGGAGAAGCCAUUGAUGUCCUUAGGAUCAAGAACCCUAACAUAUAUAACAUUGGCCCACUUCACUUGAUUGAUAGGCAUUUUCUUGAGAAAGAAAAGGGCUUCAAGGCUAGUGGAUCAAGUUUAUGGAAAAAUGAUUCAAAAUGCUUAGCAUGGCUAGACAAAUGGGAACCUAACUCAGUCAUAUAUGUUAAUUAUGGAAGUAUAACGGUGAUGACAGAGCAUCACUUGAAAGAAUUUGCUUGGGGACUAGCAAAUAGCAAGCAACAUUUCUUAUGGAUAAUAAGGCCAGAUGUAGUAAUGGGUGAAUCUAUAUCUUUGCCACAAGAGUUCUUUGAUGCGAUCAAGGACAGGGGAUAUAUAACAAGUUGGUGUGUUCAAGAGAAAGUGCUUUCUCAUCCAUCAGUUGGGGCCUUUCUAACCCAUUGUGGUUGGAAUUCUACACUUGAAAGUAUAUCUGCAGGUGUGCCUAUGAUUUGUUGGCCUUUCUUUGCCGAGCAACAAACAAAUUGCAAGUAUGCAUGCACAACUUGGGGAAUCGGAAUGGAAAUUAACCAUGAUGUUAGGAGAGAAGAGAUAGCAAAGCUUGUGAAGGAAAUGAUGAUGGGAGAAAAGGGAAUGGAAAUGAAACAAAAAUCCUUAGAGUGGAAGAAGAAAGCAAUAAGAGCUACUGAUGUUGGAGGAUCAUCUUACAAUGAUUUCUAUAAGUUAAUAAAGGAGGUUUUUCAUCACAGUGUUCUUUAAGUCCUUAUUUUAUAAUCAGGUGUAUUAAGGUUUAUUAGUUAGAUAAAAAUACCUUUCUUAAGUUAUAAUGGGAUGGUAAGGUCAUAACAUGAUGCAAUUGGUUUGGCCUAAUUACUAUUAGUUUAAAAUGUUUCCAUUUAUAUUUAUCAUGUCAUGUGUACUAAAAUUUUAAUAUUGUAACUCUUUAUGUAAACAUCCAUGAUUGUUACAAAGGAUAUGAUUUACUUUAUUAGUUUUAUA